AUGGCACCGCAAGGCUCAGAGAAGGGUCAGCAGAAUGAGUUCAGUGCCCCUUGGCCACAACACUCCCAACUGCAGAUGAGCCCUGGUGAUGCUUUUGGUACAUUCUCCAGCCUGGGAUUAGAUACAUUCGCAGAUUCAGUAUUCGGCGGAUAUAAUACGGCCAUAUCUGGAGCUCACCGUCAAUACCCGUCGACUACUAAUCGUUACCAGCACUUAGACCUAGCUCAUUCAUUGAGCUCGGACUAUGUAACCACAGACACGGCGGCUCUUUCAUCCCUCCAAUCCUCUCAUUCGCGAAAUGAAAUCACAAUACCUGCCUUGUCCAAUAUACAACAUGGUUCAGAUGGGCCCUCAAUUGCUCCUAGGUCAUCAUCCGUGACCACUACCGCAACCGCAGAGAGAGACCACGAUACAUCCUUGGGUGUUCCAUCAACCCUACAUGACCCCAUGAUGCCUUUAGCUCAACGCAGGUCUCGUGCAAGGAAGCCAGCUUCUGAAGAGUGGGAGAGUCAUAAAAGAACCAUUGAGCACUUGUAUAUUAAACAAAAUCUUUCUCUCAUAGAGACUAUGAAAGAAAUGAAGGCAACGCAUCAGUUUUACGCAACAGAGAAAAUGUAUAAAGAUAUGUUUAAGCAGUGGAAGUGGUCUAAGAACUUGCCAAGGGAUAUGGCCCUUGGCAUGCUCAACAAGGCUAAACGGAGGCAGCCCAAACAAUCCAUCUUUCAAUGGGGUAACCAAACAUGGACUGUCGACCGGAUCAAGAAAACACAUGGCAAAUUGGCCGAUCAACCGGAUCCCAAUAGUUUGGCAGACUGUCCCACGCCCCAAGGCGUGAUUUGUGAGACCCCACGAGAAAUUGAGCCCCCCCAAAGCCUGAGUGCUUUGGAGACUGCGCAAGAAAAAGGUAGCGACCAUGAACCAGCUGGUACUCAUGCUCCCGGAAGUGUAGGCGGACCUAUUGACGAGGGGCCAUUCCGUCUAAGAUUGAACCAGUCCUCUAUCGCAGAUCUCUCCUCCUUUGUAAAAAAGGCUUUGGAAGCUGAUAAAGAUGGAGACGAAGAAGAAGCAGAGUGGGGACUUAGGGAUGCGUUGUCCUGCUCUAGCCGUCUGCUAUCACCCACCCAUCAGGGCACGGUAAAUAUCGGCUAUAUACUUGCUGACUUCUAUGCCAGCAAGGAAAAUUUUGUUGGUGCCUAUGAUAUUCUCAAUUGGAUGACCAAUAAGCACCUUGGAGGUCUUGAGGAAAAUGUCGAUAAGGCCUUAGAACAUAUGUUCCACACUAUUUCUUUUCUUCGCCGCUGGCUAAGAAAUAAGGAAGCCGAGCUGCUAAUCUAUCGUCUACUGAAGAGCUUAAAAGAUUCAGAGAGGUAUCCCGUUAUACCUUUAAUCUCUACCGGACUUGAGACUGUUUCUGAUGAGAUGAUUGGGGAGUUGCUAUCUUCGGUUGAUGAGAAAAGGCUCACUCUUUUCCUAUAUGUCCUACAAGAUCUUGCCAGAGAUUCUCAAAAUCACAAAUUUCUCCAAGAUCUUAUGCCGCAAAUAAUAGAGAGAUGCGACGGCUUCCAGCAAACAAAUAGCAAUCUGGCUAUUCACUCCAGAUGCAUCUUAUCAGAGAUUCUGGUAGAUGGUGGGCAAUACGAGAGAGCCUGCAGUAUACUGGCAGGUAGUGGGCGCUCCUUAAAGGACAAAGUGGAUUCCAAAUCUCUGUUGGAAUUCUCGACGCUAAAAUUGGUUCAACGCAUAGCCGUCAUAUUUCUGAAAGCAAAAGAUCCAGAGAUGUAUGAUAAGGUGAUAAAGCGAGUGGUAACAGUAUUCGACACAGACUUCGCCGCCGAGAGAAAGGGUCAUCACAGUAUAAUGCUAAUUGACUUUCUCAUCUCUACAACAUUUGAGGUCCAGAAAAGAUGCGAAUGGGAGCGAAUCUGCCCUUGGAUUGAGCGAGCUCUUUCUCUGGCUUACUCUCUACUUGGUCGACAGCACCCACAAACGAAGCGAAUAGAAGAAAUGCUUGAGUCCCACAACAUUGAGCAAUUGUUCUUGAUGGAAACUAUGCGCAGCUUUCAAGAAUACCUUCUUACUUUAAAUAGGCCUAGCGCUUCGUUUGCAUGGUGA